AGUUGUAGAGUGAAACGCGAUGAGCAAACAUCGAAGCGAUAACGCGUCAUAAAAUCGACGUUUUUAUUGAAAAAGAGAAGAAGAGCAAGAAAAAAGUAAGCAAGCAAACGAAAAAAAAAGAAGAAGAAGAAGAAGACACAACAUACAGUCGUUUUGUGAUGUAUUAAACUUUGGAAUCAAGUGAAAUAGAGAAGAGAAAUAAUAAUAAAAAAAAGAAAGGACGAAGAGAAGCAAAGAACCAACCAAACGAAUUGAAUUGCCGACACAUAAAGCGAACGAUAAUUUCAUUUAGUUAUUUUUUUUAGUUGUCUAAGUUUUCACGCGGUUGAAAUAACACGAGAAGCAACCGAUUGUUCAUGUGGAGUAGCCCAGCAGCAACAGAAGCAGCAGUAAUUCGGCAUUUUGCAUCAGCAUAAGAAACAAAAAAAAGUGUUAUUUAGUGUUUAAAGAAGUUUUCAUUAUUAUUUUUCUUUGGUUAUGAUUUCUUGAAAAGAAAGUCAACAACAACAAGGGCACAAUUCAAAUGCUGGUUCUGUGUAAAAUGAAAAAAAUAGUGUGAUAAAUGGACGUUCGAAAAAUGAAUUCUCAAAUUGUGGCUUCGAUGGACUCAAUGAAUACCGCAUCGCAGUGCGAAACAUAGAAAAAUUGUUCUAUAAAAAAAAUCGAAAGAAAGAAAAAAAAAGAGAGAGAGAAAUGAUAAAUGAAGAAUGAAAUGAAAAGAAAAUAUGAGGAAGUGCUCACUGUUCGAUAUGAAAAAGUAAUUUAUAUAUAGAAAACAAUACCAAGGAUAUGUAUCGAAUGAAAAAGGAAGCGAGCGAUUGAAUAGUGCCGAAACGAAAUAAAAGCAAAGGAUGAAAAGUGAAUCGUAAUAUAAAAAAGAGUGAAGAGCGAAAAUCGCACGGAAACGCGACCGAAAGAAAAAAAAAUAUUAUUCAAGAAAAGACGGAAAAUCGGGCAGUGAGUGUGUUUUUCUACAGUUCAGGAGGUUCAAAUUCCUUCUCUCAUUCGUUUUGUUUCAGUUGUGUAGUUGUUGUUGUUCUUGAUUCGUUCCCUUUUUUUCCUCAAUGGAAUGAGUUUACGUCCUUUAUAAACGACCAACAUCAACGAUCACACCACCAUCAGAUUCAAAUGAAUACACAGUGAGUGCGAAUCAAAAGGAAGAAGAAGUUGAGAGAGGAAAAAAAAGUAUAUUAAGGUGUGGUGAAGUAAUUUGCAGUAGCUAGUGCGAACCUAUGCGUAUCAAUAAGAUACCUAUACCGACAUACACUGCAGUCAAAAGGAUACACACAGCAUAACACAGGAUAUAACAUUGGAUUCUUACGUAUUGGUUCAGUGAAACGAAAGUAUUUGUUCAAAAGUGAACCAAUCAUUGUGUGCGAAUCGAUUUUAAAGCAAAAAAAAGAAGAAGCAAAAAAGUUUUUUUUUUAAAGCAGAGAAAAAAAAUUAGAAUCGAGAGACUUCGAUUUGUCGUUGAAUGUUUUCCUCAUUUUUAUGUUCACGUAUCUUUCUAUAUAUCUGUGUGUGACAACUCCUCCACUGUGAAAAAAAAUCAUAUAGUUGAAAUUUAUUAUUAUAUGUAUCGAUAACAACAUUGUCUUUGGAAAAGUGCAGAACUAAGGCAGAAAAUAUAAAUUCGGGGAGGAAAAAUUUGUUCACUGGCACCGAAUUAGUGCUCUUUUUUCGGCCGUUUCCAUGUGAAGUAUUUAGCGUGUGUUCGUGAUUGAAUCCGCGGAACGAAAAAUAGAGAAAAAAAAAUUGCAAACAAGCAACAACAAAAAAGUAAUAAUAAUAUCUAAUUGCCACCGAAGUUAAAGAAUAUACGCAUUUUGUUGUUUACCAUCCGCCUCGUGCCGCGUGCGUUGUUCCGAAAAACCGUUGUUCCGAUAAGAGCGACCGAAAGAGAGAGAAAGAAAAACACUGUAUAAAAAUGUUUUGGGAAAAAGUGUGAGUUGUUUACACGGAAUAAACAAACAGUGAAAUCAUCGCCUCCAUGAAGGAUUCAACGCAAAAUGGUACGCGAGACUCGACACCUAUGGGUUGGAAAUUUGCCCGAAACAGUACGUGAGGAUAGAAUACGAGAGCAUUUUAAAAGAUAUGGACGUGUUCAAAGUGUCAAAAUCCUAUUGUCUUCGAAUUGCAAUCCAAAUUUAUUGUUAUCAAUUGGCUCAUCGUCUGUACCAAUCAAAGAUCACAAUGAUUCGACCGACGAUCACUCGAUCUCUAUGUACAAUUUUAAUAAUAAUGUUAGCCUGUGUUCGCCAACAACAAAUUCAACCAAUUGCACCAUUGGCGGCAGUGUGUGCGCAACGGUUGCAUUUAUGGAUAUUAAAUCAGCGUCGAAAGCACACACGGCCGAACAUAAAUUUGAUGAUCGCGUAUUGACCACAGAAUAUUAUGAACCAUCGUCAAUACCAUCGACAUCGGGCGAAAAUUCACCCUCAUCAAUAUCUAGUUUAACAAAUACAACAUCAGCGCAACAGCAAACAGCACAACAACAGCAACAGCAGCAGCCAUCGCCACAACAUGGCUCCACCACAUCGAAUUUAUCGGGAUCCGUUCAACAGUCAGUACAACAACAGUAUUCGUCAUCGACUACCGUUUCACCACCGGCAGCGGCACAUCGGUUAUCCACAUCAAAUCAUGGAUCAUCCGAGGAUUUGUCACCGAAUUUCGAUCGAAAUAUUUACGAUCGUAGUACACGCUUAAGUGAAUCAUCCGCCUCCGAUAUGUAUAUUAGACGACCAAAUUAUCAUCACAGCGAUUCAAGAGGCAGGCCCAGAGAUAGGCAUUAUAGAAAUGGUUCAUAUUCGUCAACAGUAGAUAGGUCUAAUUCUAGCAUUCUGCACAGGUCGUCUUCAAAUACAUGGUAUGAGAAUUCGAAUGUAACGAAUGCAAGUCGAAAUGUGUAUGGCAAUUUGCCGAGUGCGGCAGUUGUUGUAACACCCGAUAGCGCUUAUGAUACGACAACCGAUCGUAGAACGUCAGAAACCGAAUGUUCUUCCAAAUCAAUAACUAAAAACAGAGGUCUGAUAAAGAAAAAGAAAUCACGAUCGGGUUCAGAGUCACCGUGCGGUGAUAGUACAACUAGCCGAUCGAAUUCUCGUAGCCCGAGUUGUAGUUCAACAAAUAGCGGAUCUUCACAUUCACAUGGUUCAAGUAGCCCGACAAGUAGUGAUAAAUCACGUGUUCGGAAUUUGCAAUCGGCCGUUUCAACGCCGGCUACAAAUUCAUCGUCAAAUUCAAAUCCUGCCGUUCACUCCGAAGAUAAUCGACCGUUGGCGAUAUGUGUACGAAAUUUGCCGUCACGAUCGUCGGACACAUCGCUUAAAGAUGGCCUAUUUCAUGAGUACAAGAAGCAUGGCAAAGUGACGUGGGUCAAAGUGGUUGGUCAAAGUUCGGAACGUUAUGCGCUGGUAUGCUUUAAGAAACCAGAAGAUGUGGUCAAAGCACUGGAAGUGUCACAUGAUAAAUUAUUUUUUGGCUGUAAAAUUGCGGUGGCACCGUAUCAAGGUUUUGACGUUGAUGACAACGAAUUUCGACCGUACGAAGCCGAAUUGGAUGAAUACCAUCCGAAGGCAACGCGCACACUGUUCAUAGGAAAUUUAGAAAAAGACAUAACUGCAACCGAGCUUAGAAAGAAUUUCGAUUGUUUUGGUGAAAUUAUCGAAAUCGAUAUAAAGAAGCAAGGUGUUAAUGCGUAUGCAUUCUGUCAGUACUCGGAUAUUGUGUCUGUGGUAAAGGCGAUGCGACAAAUGGACGGCGAACACUUGGGUUCAACGCGCAUAAAAUUGGGCUUUGGCAAAUCAAUGCCUACCAAUUGUGUGUGGAUUGAUGGUGUUUCGGAUGCGGCCAGUGAAAGCUAUCUGACAACACAGUUCAAUCGCUUUGGACCCGUGUCACAAGUCACCAUCCAGCGUGAACGGAAGAUGGCAUUGGUGUUUUUCGAACAGAUUUCAUAUGCCCAAAUGGCAGUUAAAGAAAUGCGGGGCGUAACCUUACGCGGACGAAAGCUGCAGGUAGACUUUGCAUCACGCGAAUGCCAAGACGCUUUCUACGAUAAAAUUGAAAAGAAAAGCGCUGUCACACCCGAACGAACGGUGUUCGAGCCAAGCCGUGAUGUAACCCGUACAUUUGAAAAUUCAACAACGACGUUGAACAGUCGAUUCAGUCGAUAUGAUACACCGGCUCGAUCGAGAACGUCAUCGUUUAGCCGACAUGGAGCUGUUUCACCGAGUUCAGCAACAACGCCACGCGGCAGUUCGUUUGUACGACGAAACAGCCGAUACGCAAAUGCUGAUUAUCACGAUGAUGAAUAUGCUAUGACGAAUACGGUGGACAAUCGGACGUCAUACACGAAAAAGAAUGCCGCACAAUCGAUGGAAUGCGAUUCGGAGCGGCGUAUCAAAAGCUAUGAUGAAUACAGUCAGGGAUCAGCUGCGUCUCAUGAUGCCGAUGAGUACAAUUAUUUCCGAACUGAAUCACCGCAAGAGCGAAUAAGCGUGUCAAAUGAAUUGGACAGCGUAACAAUAACCAGCCGACGGAAGUAUGAUGACGAAUUCUCCUAUGCUCCAAAGAAGAAUGCAUUCAUUGUGAAUGACAUGGAUGCGGAUCGACGUGAAAAAAGUCCAGUCAUCGACGAUGAAUACUUCUCGAGCACGGUGAAACAUCAUCGUGUGCAAAGUGUUGUUGUGUCGGCCGAUUCAGCGGCGUCAGCGGCGGCUACAGCAGCAGCAGGAACGGCAUCAACGCAUGCUAAUGCACACUUUCAACAGCCUGGUGAUAUUCGUCAUUUGCAAAAGGAACGUUCUCAAUUGCUUGAGCAGCUAGAAGAAUGCCCGUCCAGUGGCGAUGAAAUUUUAAGCCCGAAGAAACGAAUGAAAUUCGACAAUGCUGAUUCCGGCAAUCUUGUACAAACGAACCUAGUUAAUGAUUCUAACUGUGAUGCUACUUUAAACAAUCUAAACGACACUAAUUUAUUACAACACCAUCGAAAGAAUUCGGAAGUGAGACGCUUAUCGGAAUGCAAUUCAUCAAAACACAAUGUUGUGAACAAUAUACGACGGCCAUCAACAGACAGCGGAAGCUUACGGCAUCCACACGUUCGCACCGGCAGCUCAUCGCACAAUGAACUCAGUGAACAAAUAUCAGCGUUUCAAUCGCAUCCAUUCUGUAAGCGACGCAAAACCGGCAACUCGAACAGCGAAAGUGAACAUCAUUCGUCGAAGGGUCGAGGGCAUCAAUUGCAUUCGCAUCACUCGCACGAAGCAUCGGCCAGUGAAAGUGCCGAUGGUUCACGGCCGGGCACACCGCUCUGUGACGAACGACCCGAAAUUAUGGUUCCGGCCGAUCCACGGCGCAAUUCACGUGACAGAUACACGAGUCAUUCGACAUCGCUGUAUUUGCCGUUGCCCAAAUUUGGUGUACAAAUUUUUCAACAGAAUCGUGCAUUCAGCUCAACACAUUCGCUAUCUUCCUACUUAUUAUCCAGUCAUUCUAGUCGAAAUACUUUAUCAAGUCCACCGCCUGCGUUGCUCACACGACCAUCGUCCAAUGGCAGUACCAUUUUAUUGAGUAGUAGUGCUCAGCAGCAACAGCAUUCGCAUCAACAUAACUUCCAACCAAAACACUCACAUCAAUCAGAGCGUUCUUCUUUGCACCAAACACAUCAGCCGUCGAGUGCGGCAGCUGAAUCAAAGCCGUCGUCACAUCAUCAACCGCCACCACCACCACCACCACCUCUGCCAAGCGUACCUCAUUCAGUGUCAACAUCGCAAACUGCACCACCUGCCCCGCCUGCACCUUCAUCAUCCACAUCAUCGUCCACAUCUUUAUCGAUCGCCACACCAUCCGCGCCAUCGGAUGCCAAGCAAUCGAAACUUCCUCAGGUUCAAUCGACAGAAUCGCAAAUUAAGCCAGUUAACACGGCCACUUUGUUGAAACAACCAAUGGCAACGGAACCGAUCGAACAACCACCUGAGAGUCCAUGCAAAGCGCCAUCAUUGAGCUCAACUUCUAGCGACUCCGAACUUGGAAAGAGCCCAUCGUUCGAUGAGCGAAUUAAGAAUUUGGAUGAAAUGUUCGAAAUGUGGAACGGUGGCAUUCCGGCGCGACCAUCAUCACAUUCGUUCAGUGAAAAUCCGACAACACCAUCGUCUGCGUCCAGUUUCUCCAGCCGGCACAAAUUCCUCGAGCUUGAUGUGAAUGAUGUAAAACCAUCGGACAUUUUGAAAUCCGUUUUAUCGAAAAAAUCGAUAUUUGACGAUGAUUUGAAGCGGCUAGAGCAUAUCGGAGAGAAAUAUGAGCCAAAAGACUAUUUGAAUUUGAAUCGCACGCCAACAACGGCAAAUGCAACCAACAGCAAACCGGCGGCGGCGGCAGCAGCAGUGGCAACGGCAACAGUGACAACAACACCAACAUGCACUAGCCAGUUGACCCAAUUGAGCCAAUUGCCAAAAUUGCACUCAACGCCACAACAAACGACGACGACGUUUACAGCGCAAAUCAGUCAAGCGUUACCACGUUUGAAUGCCGUAUCACCAAUGAAUAGUCCACAGCCGCAAUCCCCAUACAACAGCCCAUCGCCAUCGCCGAUCGUUGUCACACCGAAUAUGUCUGGCGCGAAAAUGUCCAACAACAUUGCGUCGGUGCAACCGGUCAAAGGUGUAUUACAGUAUCCAUUCCCAACACAUCCGCCAAUUGCGACGUCUGUUACAAAUCUACCGAGUACACCAACAACACCAUCGAAUAAAAUCGCCGAAAAUACCAGUUCCUCUCAAGACCAAGACUCAAACAAAUCGAAAUCACACAAAAGUACCAGCAACACUCAAGAAAAAAACAAUCAAGCGAGCAACGGAUCGAAGAGCUCGAAUCGUUCGCUCAACAAAAGUGCAUCGGUACCGGGUAGCAAUCACUCGGGCACCGUUCGAACGACUCUCACAUCCAGUUGUAGCUUGAACAUGAGCAUCAAAGAUGAAAGCAAUGAUUCGCUUGAGAAUGUGAUUCCGUCGCGUAAAACGUCACGCGAAGAGAAAAUCUCCAAUGCCAAGAAUGAUCAUGCGAAAAAGACUGAUCUGUUGGAUCGACGGAAAUGGGAAUCGAUCAGCAGCGAAAAUUCUGAUCCGGCCUCCAGUUCGGAAAUUCUAUCCGAACGGACUGAAAAUGAGCGCGUUGGACGUGAACGACACGAUUCAACGAAAAUGGAAUCGGGCAAAACAAAGAAUAAAACACGCAACCAAAGUGAAAUUGAGUCACAAGAGAGAGACGAAUCACGUAUUAAAUACGAGCUCGAAUCAAAGAAAUCGGAAGAGUAUGAGUACAGACGCCGUGAGAUGGAUAGCGAUGAUGCGGUACACCACAACUGGAAACAGGAAUACAAACAAAACCCGCCGAAAGACCGUGAACAUGUUGUUACGGUUAAUCAAUUCACCAAGAGUGACAAACAUAACAAAGAGAAUGCGUCAAAAUCACGUGAAAGUACGCCAUUAGAUCGACAACAGUACACCGAUGAAAUGAAUAAGAAUUCAAGCAAAAAUAGUCGCAGCAAUUCACCAAACAAAAUCAUACCGAAACGACGAUUAAGCUCACACGAAUCCGUUGACAGUGAUGAUGGUAAACGGUUUAAAUUCAAUUCCGAAAAUGUCAAAUCACUGGAGCGUCGCGAUUUCAAAGAUCCAAAUGGUCGCACUGGUGGCGGUGGUGAUAAGUCAUCAUCGAAACAUCAUCAACGCAACUUCAAUAAGAUGAACAAUGUGCACAAGACUGAAGAAAACUCAUGCGAUAUGCCGGAGGAUAGGUCGAAAAAGGAUUCAAGCUUUGAUGAGCGCAAAAAGGAACGCGACGGUGAUAAACAACAUCGCAGCAAAAGCGAAAAAUCGUCACACAAAAGCCGACGCAACAAGGAUGAAAAAUCGUCCAGUCAAUUCCAUAUGGAAGCGCAAAGUGGCUUUUCAAACGAUGGUCGCCUCAGCGACGAUGAGAGCAGCAAAAAGUCUGAAAAUAAGGAUGGAAGACGUGAAAAUCUAUUCGAUGCACAGCAACAGCACCAUCACCAGCAGCAGCAACAACAACAACAGCACCAGCAACAUCCGAGCCAUCGUCACCAUAGCCAUGAAAAACAGAAUUCACGUGAUCAUCGCGACGAGAAAUCCAAAUCGGAGAAGCGAAUUGAUCGUUUGAACAGCAGUGAAAAACGCUCACGAACAACGGAUGAUGCGCACAGUUCGGCCAAAUCAUCGAUGGAACGUGAACGUAUACGAAUUCGUAAGCCAACAUCAAAUAGCUCCGACGAUUCGGAUUCUGAUGGACCGAAAAAACAUUCCAUUUUCGAUAUUCCAGAUGAUGGUCCCGCCUACAUUUCCAUGUACGACAAAGUGAAGGCUCGCUCAUGCAAAAACAUGCAGAAACAAGAGGAAGAGAAGAAAAUCAAAGCGAAAUUCAGCCAAUUGAAAGAGAGCCGAGCAAAGCGUGAAGGAAAGAAACACUCAAAUAGCUAUGACGAAGAAAGCGAUUCGGAUAUGGACACAAAUGAACAACGCGUCAAACACACGGGCGGUAAAAUGAAGCAUUUCCUUGACUCGUCAACGGAAGACAGCGACGGCAGGCAUUCGAUGAACAAAGAUUUAGUUUCCGAUUCAGAGUCGAGCUCACGAAAGGGCCACUUCCGUGUGAAUCGAUUGAAUGAGCUAUGCGAUGGUGAGAGUUCGGAAAAUAGUUCGUUGCAUCAAUUCUCUGUGAAACCGAGACGUCGCAUUUCGUCACGCAAGAAUUCAAGAUCGGCCCGAAUCACAUCGGAAACAUCGGACGAUGCUAGCGAAAUUGCAGCACCGGUUAAACAAGAGCCAAGAGAAAAACCCGACGAAGAAAUGAAAUGUGAAAUCAAAACCGAAAUCGUUAACAUUCCAAAGGAAGAAAAACAGGAUAUUGUUCAGUUUAAAAUUAAAUCCGAACCCGUUGAUCCCUUUCCAUCGCCGGAGCGAACGUCGAAUUUGUGUGAUUUAUCGGAUGGUGAUUCAAUAACACCAAGCAGCAAAACAUCCGAGACUAAGGAAUCCAUGUUUGACAAUCUCUUCAGUGCUGAAAACAAGAAGCGACACAAGAAGAACAAAAAACGUCAAAAGAGCCCAUCGGCCAUGUCAACCGAAGAGGCGAAACCAAUCAAACACGAAGAGAUGAUCAAGGUGGAAAAAUCCAAUUCGAUGGAAACAAUGUUCGAUGAACUGAAACGCGAUGCACGCGAUACGUCAAGCAAUGAGAAGAAACGCCACGGCAAAAAAGAGAAGAAACGCGAUAAAUCGUCGAAAGAACAGCACGAUAAAUCGAGAGAGGAGAAAUAUCGCAUGAAAAAAUUGAAGAAACAAAAUCGAUUGUCGUCAGAUGCAUCGAUGUUUGAGUCGCAAGAGAGUUUCAAUUCGAUCAAACGUGGAGAGAAAAUGGAAGACAUUUUUGGUCCAAUUUCCGAUGAUGAUUCACACAUUUCAGCUACGAUCGACACACACAAAUCCACCAACAAGUCGUCAAAUUCCUCGAAUAAUGUUCAUUCAAACAAGUCAAGCACACAAUCGUCGACAACAACAACGACGACAACCACGUCCACUUACACUCAAAAUGAAAAUAACACCGAAUCGAAAUCGUCGAAUUUGCAAUUGGAAAAGGAAAAGCAUCGCGAAAAGAAGCGAGAAAAGAAGCGCAAGGAGCGUGAAAAGCAACAGCAAUCGAUCAGCAGCAAAGAUGAUGACAAUAGUGUUGAUUUGGAUGCAGCGGCCCGUGCAUUGGAAGCACAACUGCUCGAAGAUAGUGAACAAAAGCCAGAAGAAAUUAGCGAUUUUGGAUACUCGGCGUCGAAAGAAAAUGUCAAUAAGAAUGAAUCAGUGUCAGAGAAGCCAUACGAUGAUGUGUUCCGAUUCUCGGAAACCGAAGAAGGUCCCGACAAUAUGUUUAUGUCACGCAAAUCGGACAGUAUGGACUCGCAUCGAUCGAAGGAUAAAAAGAAAAAGAAGAAGCGAUCGAAGGAGGAAAAACGACAUCAUCAUCAUCAUUUGAGUCAUUCGUCGUCGUUUAUUUCACCACCAACGACUCCACGUCUAACCAUCGACACAGAUUUGAUGGAUGACCUUCCGCCGUCGAAGCAAUCACCGAUUUCGAUCGAUGAUAGCAAAUCAAGCGAAGAACCAAUCGAACCAAAGGGCAAAGACAGUAAAACUAUUGACAAUGCACAAUCAUCGAAACAUAGUGAUGACAAGCGCAAAGAUUCCAAAGCAAUCAUUCCUGAUUUCGGCUUGAUAAUCGAUACAAACAUCUAUGAUUCAGCGGUGCAAUCGAUUUCAUCCGAUUUUGCCAAUGACAAAUCCGAACCGGAGAAAUUGCCAAUCGAAGAAAACCCGACUGCUGAGAGCCAAGAUGCCAAACAAGGUGACAAAAUUGAAGAAAAAUCCCGCGUUGUUAUCUCACAAGAAGAGACUGAGGACGCUGUGGCAGCUUUGUUGGGUGAAAGUUUCGGUAUGACCGAUGAUUAUUCGUUCAGUGAAGAUCCAAUUAUCGAAGAAGGUUCGAAUUUGCCAUCGAAUGAUGGUGCCAUUGCCGAAGAGGAAGCCGAAGAAAUGCGAAAGGCUGUACAAAGUUUGGGCACCGAUGAUAUGGACAUGAAGCCAGACACACCACAAAGUGAUAAUGGCCUGCAAAUUGACACUGAUACCGAAGAACAAGACGAUAGCAAUGCACUGCAAAUCGAUGAAAGUGCCGCCAAUUAUGACAGCAAAUCGGAAGCGCCAAAGGAUAAGAAGUCGACCACGAAAGAUGUUGAACCGAAGGCAAGUGACACCAAUAAAAACACCGUGGCGUUCACACUUGAAACCGUUCAAUCGCAAGAGACCAGCAAAAAUGCCGAUAAACCAGCAUCGAGCAGUGAUAACCAUAAGACCACGAUUGUUACAACACAACCAAAAUUGCAUGUUGAGCCACCGAUUUUGCCGCCAAUCAUACCAAAGAUUGAAGCUCCAAGCGAAUUACUGUCGGUAACAAUAAGCACACCAACAUUGGCCAAACCAAACAUCAUUCAAGUGUCGAGUAUUUCCAAUGACAAACCAAAAUCAUCGCCACCGAGUACGAUUAUCCAUCAUACUCAACCUUCGGUUGUGACACAAACAAUGCUAACGACAGCAGCAACGGCAUCGGCACCAACACCGCCAACCAGCAUUCAAAAUCCAAUUUUGAAUCGAGUGACCACACCACAAAUUCGGCAAUCGUUGCACAUGAGUCCAGCCAAAUCGUCACUUUCCCAUGUUAAUAUUCAACAGCGUCAAAUUAUACCACCGGCCACAACGAUACAAACAACUCAACCACACAAACCGUCCGCUACGAAUGUCACUUCAUCGAAUCGCACUUCUUCUGUUGUUGUACCGACUUCAGAUUCAAAAUCAAAUGAAGUUGAAUCGCCAAAACAUGCAGAAAGCGAACCAACAACAACGAUCACGCCUUCCACAUUGGUCAGCACACAAAUGCCACAAACACCGAAGCAAAUUGUGUUCGAAACGAAAAUCCAACAGGAGCCCGAUGUCAGAGAGAAUAAGCCAUCGAAACCAGUCGAUCUUACUCCAGUUGUGCAAACAACGGAGGAAUCCACUGAGAAUAGCAAGCAAGAUGAUGUGCCGUUGGCUACAACUUCGGUGAUCAAGAGCAUUCUCUCGAAACCGGAGGAAGUCAAGACGAAAGAAGAAAUAAGCGAAUCGUCAUCGACAAUGAAAGAAGACAGUGAAUAUUGGACGGCAAAGGAAGUGAAUAUCGAAUCGGUAAUCAAAGAAGUGGACGCAUUGUGCACGACGGAUGACGAAACAAAUGCCGAAUCGAAGGUGAUUGUCAAGCCGGAGACACCAAAGACCGAAGCUCCGGAAGAAAUCGUCGAAAAGAAUGAAUCCAAAGAGGCGGCCAAAACCGAUGCCAAAGGUCAGCCGAAACGUGAAAAGGCAACUCGCAACAAGAAGACACAACAAAUUGAAGUGGAAAGCCAAAAAUCGCCGCCAAGCGUUAUGGCCACACCCGAAGUGCAGUCGCCUGGUGUGCAAACACGUCGUGGAGUUACAGCAAAACCAACGGUUCAAACGAGACGUGGACGCAACAAUCGCAAUGCUUCGCCCAGAUCAAAAACUGGCGCUAGCGUUGUGGUUGGAAAUGAGAAACCAUGCAGCAACACCUCAGAAUCGGAUAUUUAUGAGUUCCACGAGGAUUCUGGCGAAGAAACAAUGGCCAUGCAAAGCAAUGAAGCACCCAGAACACGUGCGUUGUCAUUCUCAAAACCAAGCACUCAACCAUCCAGUCCGAUUACACCGCCACAAGUCGAGCCAAGCAAAGCAGAUGUUAGCGCACCUGAACCCGAACCACCGAAGCCAGUUCAGUCACCAGAAGUUGAAAAAUCCAAUGAAUCAGUAGACGAAACAAAAGAAGAUCUCGUUGCACUCAACAAUUUGCGUAAGAGUCGUCGUUUGAUCGAACGUGAUGGUUCAAGAAGCACAGUCGAUGAUACCAUUGAAGAAGUCGUGAAGAAUAUCAUGAAAGAACAAACGGUAAUCACAACCACAUCGGCUACAAUUGUUCAACCACAAUUAACAUCGACACCGAUUCAAACACGACGAUCAACCCGUAACACGACAAAUCAAGCGACCGUUAAAUUGCCAGUCAAUGAGAAAGCUGAAUUGCGUAAAUCACCUCGUCCAACACGUGGCGGUGCAAAGGAUAUUAAAUCGACGGAAACUGAGAGUUCCGCUGAUGAUAAGAGCGAAGAUACACAACGUAGUGAUGUGCAUGAAGAGAAACGGGACAAUGAUUCAGAAGCAACACAAAGUGCAUCGGAAUCAGGUGAAACGAAUCGUACUGUUGAACCACCCAAAGCGGAACCAGUUGUUGUUGAAGCGCCAAAGGUACAUUCAGUUGCUAAGGAAUUGCCACCAGCUGCUGGAGAGAAGAAACAACCAUCAUCUGGAGAGCCAAUGACAUUAAUCGAUCCAGUAACUGGCGAAAUGACUGUUGUUCAACAAAGCAAUGAAGGACAGUAUGUGCCAGUGGUGAGCAGUCGCAGCGGUGAAUUUGUGAACAAACCAAGUGUUUUGGUGACAUCGCGUGAAGUACGGCCAAUUGCAGUUGAACCAACGCCGGCAAUUGUAUCAAAGGUAUCAACCGCUCCAGUUGUGACAAUUGUGAGCAAACCAGUGCCCGUGCCAAUUUCGUUGACCGUACCGAUUCCGAUGCCAAUGCCAAUGCCCGUGCAAACAACUGCCCCGAUGCAUGUACAAAAAUCAACUGUGGUUAUCACAUCGAAACCAGUCGAACCACCAACUCACACCGUACCACUGUCGAUGUCAAUUGAAAAGACUUUGGCUCAACCAUCGUCACAGCCACAAAUUAAAAUCCAACCAGUCCUCCAAACGCCACAGCAGCAGCCACUACCACCACCAUCAUCACAGCAUCAACAUCAUUCGUUGAAGGCUCAUGUGUUGAGUUCGCAGCAUGUCAAAAUGUCACAGGCGCCAGUAAUAUCAAGCGCUGGCACUCCGGUGAUUUUGAGCACAAGUGUGCCAAGCGUAUCACACGUUUCGAAUGUACAACCGGUGAUAAAAUCAACGGCGAUUAUUCAAAGCAGUGUCGUACAGCCGAAUAUUCCAUCGCAUAAGUAUGGCAAAGAUUCGCCGGCUUCUGUGAUUUCACAACAGCAACAAUAUCAACCGAAAAUACAAGUUUCGGUGGCACAACAGCAACAGCAACAGCAGCAGCCACCACCACAUUUGUCUGUUGCUCACAAGAAUACGCUGAUUGUGAACAUUCCAACAAGUUCACCGGCCAAUAUGCCGUCAGCCCAUUCGCCACGACACUCGCCGAAUAUACCGCCCAAGGUGACCUACACUCAAGCAUCAAUUCACGAGCCACAGUAUUCGAUUCACGUUCCAAAGCAUUCUGUUGCCAAUAUUCAUCCGUCGCAGAUGCUAUCACAAAAACCGGUCGUCAUUCAUUCGAACAAAAUGCAUAUGCCACCGACAUCAUCGAAUUACACAUCAGUCGUGCAAUGUAGUGGUAAAGUGAUUCAAACAUCACAUCACUUACCGCAACCGGCGCCAUUGAUUCAAAUGGGACCCGCACAACCUGUGCCAUUGCAACACAUUUCACAGCAGCCACAACAAACGAAAUCCAGUUCAAGCCAUCAAAUUAGCAUCCAAUCGACGCAACCAGCGCCAUUUGUCAGUAGUGUUCCGUUGCAAGUGCGAUCCAGUGCAAGCAAAUAUGAGACGGCUCCAUCGCCCAAGUACAAGCAACACAUUCUACCGCCAACGCUCCCACAAAUCCAAACAUCACCCGCUUCGAUUCAGCAACAAUCUGUUGUUGCCAAGCAAUCCACCUUCCCACCACAAUCGAUGCCGACAUCGAAUCAAAUCCGACUUCAUCAAGCUUCACAAAUUAUGACCGGUGCUGUUGCAAGCCCACCACCAAAGCAACCGCACUUGAGCAGCCAACAACCGAUUGUCGCUGGUGCAAAUAGUUCACGUGCCAGUGUUCCACCGUUGAGUCCACAAGGUCAACAGAAUCGACCGCACAAUUUGCAACAGCCAGGAUUACCCGUUCCAGGAUUCGAAGCCAACUUGCAUUCGGAUAUUGGUGGAUUUAGUUUGCUCAGAAACCAAAGUCCACCGCCUGCUCAUCAGCAGGCUUCUCCCAUUACUCCAGUUAACUUGAGCGAUCCUGUUUUUCCAAAUGUACCUAUGCGUGGCGUUCAAAAUAAUCACUUCAUUCUCUAUCAACAAUAUAUGCGAGCUCAAGAAGCAUUGGGCCAUGGAGCGCGCAUUCCAUAUAUACCAAGAUCGACAAUGCUACCUAAUGCAACGGAACAAAAGGAAUUGAAUGAAUUGGAAGAGCCAUUGGGAACAAGCCCACCAUUAGAAUUGCGACGACCAAUCACGGGUCAAAGGGUUGCUGUGCCGCAUAGUUUGCAGAGUCCACAAGAUCGUGCUACAGUGAUUCCACAUCCACACUAUCCAGAUGUUGGAGCACGAUUCUAUGAUAAUGCUCGUCCGGCCAUCCCAACUGCAACUGAACCACCACCAGCACAUCGCAAUCCACAAAUGAGUGGAACACCGCCAAUCAAUUAUGCGGCCCCUGGUGAGUUGCCGCCCCAUUUGAUGCCAAAAGCACUGGAACGCGAACGUGAACAACGGGAAAAGGAACGAAAAUCAUCGAUACCAGGUCAUACAAAUACACCGUGCCCAAGUGGAUUGGUACCAGCGAUGGCAACGCCAGGUCCCGGACGCAGUCUGCAAGUGACAACACCGCCGCAUGCUAGUCAGGUACCACCACAAGCCGAUUCGUUGCUAAUGCUGUUGCAGCGCUAUCCAGUCAUGUGGCAGGGAUUGUUGGCACUCAAGACCGACCAAGCAGCCGUUCAAAUGCACUUUGUGUUCGGUAAUCCAGAUGUGGCCAGUGGAUCGUUGCCUUGCAAUAGCGAUGGAUCGACACCUCCACUAAGAAUUGCACAACGUAUGCGAUUGGAACAGACACAACUUGAGGGCGUUGCGCGAAAGAUGCAGACGGACAACGAGCAUUGUAUGUUGUUGGCAUUGCCAUGUGGUCGCGAUCAUUUGGAUGUGUUGCAACAAUCGACCAACUUGCAAACGGGUUUCAUCACAUAUUUGCAGCAGAAACAAGCCGCUGGCAUUGUCAAUAUACCAGCACCGGGCAGUGAACAAGCCGCUUAUGUCGUCCAUAUAUUCCCAUCAUGUGAAUUUGCCAAUGAGAAUUUGGCACGUAUCGCACCAGAUCUAUUGCACCGCGUUGCUGAUAUUGCUCAUCUGCUAAUCGUUAUAGCGACCGUUUGAGUAAAGUGAAACGAUCCCAAAUCAUCACCGAACUGUGUCAAAUCAAAAACUGAAUUGUAGACAAAGAAAAACCGAAAAAAACGAAAAAUGAUUUAAACCCGAACUUGUGACUGCUGUGACAAAGGAAAUUGCACUUUCCUUGAAUUGUCAAACAAAAAAAAACGAAACAAUUUUAUCGCUACACAUCAAGCAGAGGAGAAACAAGAAAUGAACAAAAAUUUGUUGAUUUUGUACAUAAGACGAGAAACGGUAUCAUAAGAUUUAUACUAACUAAGGGAUCUUUUGUACCUAUAUCCUUUUUUGAUAUUUUGUCAAUUUUGUAAUUUUCAUUCUUACCUCAAAUUUCGGAGAGUCUCAUGUAAAGAGAGAGAGAGAGAGAGAGAGAGAGGAAGGGAGAGACAGAUAGAAAAAGGAAGCGAGAAAAAGAAAACGGAAUGGAUUGAUGCGCCGCACCUCGCCCCUCACACUCGUCCACAAUACACACGCAGACACAGUGUGUAAUGAUUUUGUUAAUACAUUUAUAAUUAUCUCAUCAAACCUAUUUGUAUAUUUAAUUAUAUUAAGUUUUGAUCUCACUCCGUGUACACAAAGCAAAGUGUGUGUCUGUGUCUGCGUAUCGAUCAAAAGAUAGAAAGAGAAUCGAAGAGGAAGAAAAAAAAAUAAGUGUUAGAUGUGGCGAGUGCAUCAUAUUUGUUGCCGUAAUGUGUCGGUGUUGACGAUAUCGAAAAAGUGACAAUUGUCUUGCGUGAGAAACAAAGCAAAAGAAAAAUAUGAUGGAAGAAAGAUCAAGAGAUCGUUUCGACAUCCAACCCACAACAUUUUCAUAACAUACAUUCAUAUAUACAUCAAAAUGUAUACGAACCAAUUGCUAACAAAAUCAAAUUUACACAUGAACUAUUUUUUUCGAAUUGAAAAGAAAAAAAAACCUCUCACACACACACACAAAAUACCCCCCCGCAACAAUGCAUUAUAUAUUCUUAUUAUUAUCUGCGCUGUGUUCAAACUUCACAUUUAACAAAUUGAGGUAUAUGCGAAUGAAAGGAAGUUGAAAACAAACAAACAUUUUAAAUGCAAGCAUCUGACAGAAUUAACAUGUUAGUACAAUAUAGCGAAAAA